AUCCUGGCUGAGUUCAUUUGGGGAGAAACAUUUACGUUUUACACCAGUCGUUCGAUAGAGAAUGCAGUAGUGUAGUAUGGGACAUGGUAAAUAGAACGCAGUUAAGACCGAAAUGCUGAUAAGCAUUAGAUACAAAUCGCGCCAUAAAGAACGAUGACAACCUAUCAACAGUUGGUGGUUCAACUAGACACGUUUCCAGAGCUCGUUGUUCUGAAACAUUAUGAGGCCGACAGGGUGCGGGUGCACGAGUACGAGGCGGCGGUGCACCUGCAAAGCUGGUUCCACGGGUGCCGUGUGCGGGACAGGCUGCACCAGCUGGACCUGAAGGCGGUCGUCAUACAGCAGCACUGGCGGGGCUACCUGGGUCGACGCAGCUACAGGCGACUGCUGCAGGCGACGGUCCUGCAGGCUCAGGCUGACUAUUAUCGACAUCAGGCCACCCUCAUCCAGAAGACGUGGCGGGGGUUCCGCUCACGUUUGUACAUCUUCAACUUUGCCGAGUGGAAAGGCUACCUGACGUUUGUCGAGGAGCAGAACAACGACCUGCAAGUGCAGUGCGGUAAGGAGAGCCGUCGGACAGAUGAGGAGCGCAAGACGGUCUGCUCGUCAGAGAUCCGCCAUCGAAGAGCUCUGGUCAAAACUCACCACAUGAUCAGCACCAAAGCCAUCCCUGGCGUCUACAACUCUCCCUACAGCAGGGACAAGGUAGGCAUGGAGAGGUAUCUGGCCAGCAUACGGUUUCCAGUGCAUCCUAAGAAACCUGUCAAGGGCACCGAGGCGGCCCGCGCCGCUGAUCCAGGCGCACCAAAUGUGCAGGGUCCGUUCCUGCCGCCGCUGGAGCGGCGGCAGCGCGUGGAGCAGCGCCGCGCUUGCCCCUCCCUGCGCGCCGCCGAGCCCUUCGCUCACACGGAGGAGGCGUUCAAGCAGCAGCGUCGAAUGGCCGAGGUGCACCGGGUCUCAGACGAGCCGUUCCGCUCGCCGCCGGCGCGCGUCUUCCCGCCGGUGCUGCCGUCUGUGCAUGCCGCCGUGCCGUACCAGAGGCCGCCUCAGUUCCGCCAGACGGAUAGAAGUCGGUUCGUGGUGGCGCGCGACUUUCGCCGCGUCCUGCAGCCCGUGGCCACCUUCGACGGCUGUCUGUGAGGGUGGACUGGCCCCCGCCGGUUGGUCGUGGCCGACGGGGGCGACACUCGGGUUUGGUGGUCAGUCCUGCCGAAAUUGUGCGCUGUGAGGUGGUAAGAAACUGUCCUGUCCUCGUCUCACUCGCACGGCAUUACAUGCCUUUGCUGUGUGUGACUGGUGGUGUCCCAAUACUCCAGAAAUCCAUUGCAGAGAUACACAAAACAGGAGAUGUUAA